AUGCGGCGCGUAUGCCCAUCAUCGACUUGUGCUCUGUCGCAGAAAAGCGUGAGGGGCGCUGGUCUGCCGUUGGCGAGACUGCACUUCCUGACCCCGUUCAGAACGUUCCAUGGCGGUCCUUCUCUGCGUUGGCCAGCCGCAGGCUACGCUGCCACCUCCCCCGUCGGCCAAAGGCGAUGGAGUUCGGCGAUGCCUGGUGGCUGCCUGGAGAACUACCUGCAGCUAAAGGCUUCAGGCGAGAUUCAGGAAGACCCCCGCCAGGAAGUGUGCAUGAAGAUGCUCGACGACCUCGCGAAGGACUUGACGAGCUAUUCCCCCAAGAUGACCCGAGCUGCCAAGUCCACCGGGCCGGCCCCCACUUCCUCCGGUGCUGGUGGCGGCUUCUUCCACUUCGGAGGAACUGGCAAGACCUUCAUGAUGAAUAUGUUCUACGACAAAAUCAAUGUCAAGGAGAAGAAGCGAAUCCAUUUCCACGAGUGGAUGAUUGAGGUGCACACAAGGCUGCACAAGAAGCAAAAGGGCAGCAGUGCGAACAGGGACAACACUGCCGACGAUUUGGUGGAACAGGUGGCAACGGACAUGAUGAGAGAGGGCUGGCUGCUUUGCUUCGACGAGUUUCAGGUGACACACAUCAGCGACGCUAUCAUCAUGAAGCGCAUCUUCUCUGUGCUCUUCGAGCUGGGGGCCGUCGUCGUGGCAACUUCCAACCGCCCUCCACAGGACCUGUACCUGAACGGUCUCAAUCGCCCUCUUUUCUUGCCUUUCAUUCCCAUGCUUGAAGACUUUUGCAAAGUACAUGACAUCGGUGCAGAGGUGGACUACCGAAUGACCUCCACGCGCGAUGGGGAGGACGACCGA